AUGUGUGAUUCGAUUGGCGAUGCAAUCAAGCAUAUUAGAGAGUUCUUUCUUGCCUACAAUGGUAUUGUAAGUGCUGAAAAGCCACAACCCGAGGCAGAGGAAGCGAAAACACUCGUAAAUAACCUAUUUUCUCAUGGUGAUGCACAGUUUUAUCUUUCUGCCGUUGCUUAUCUUCAACAAGUAUCAGAUAUAAAGGAAGCAGAAAAGCUUAUCCAACAAACUAACAUCAACGCAGAUCGCUCAAUCAUUGGAAAUCCUGCUUAUCGUUCACUUGUUGAAAAACAUAUCAAUUUAGUUAACGAGUUUGAAGAAUACAAGGCGAAAUCUAGCUCAGCAAUACCAAAACUCGAAGCUUUGAAUACAUCUUUGAACACAAUGCUUACAGAUGAGCAAAAUCUCAGAAGUGAGCUUGAAACAAGACUUUCAAAGACAGUUGAGCAACACAGAAAGAACAUUGAUGACCUCCGCAGCCGUGUUACAAGCAGAGAACAAAUGGUUCAUGAGUUAGAAGAAAGAAUUGACAAGCUUCAAGCCGAAAACGGUGCUCUUGCCAAGAGUAAGGGCCGCAACGUCGAGGCCGUCUACACAGAGCUCCAAAACGUCAAACUCGACCUCGAAUUGAAAUCUGAAAAAAUCAGAAUGGUCGAAGAGCAAAAUCGUCAGAACCUCAUGAUUUAUGCUAAUGAGAUCAGCCAGCUCAAGGACGAGAACAUGAAACUUACAGCUCAGCUCAGUUCGAAGCAAGUUGAGCCAGCAGCUGAAUCUCCAGCCGCUCCAGCGGAAUCCGCACCACAGAGGCCACAACAGUCGAUCGAGGAUGUCUACAAAGAGGUAUUCGCUCAAAUUGACCGAGAUAGUAUUAAUGCCACAGCAAUUGACGCAAUUGCAAGGGGAGUUCAUGAGACACUUGAGAAGAAGAAGUCAGUAGCUUCAGAUAUUCUCGCUUCUUUCGGCAUCAAAUCGUACGAAAACAUUGUUAGCGAAUUAGAUGCGAUGAAGAAGCAGCUUGACGACAAAAUUGAGAAAGAAAAGGUCCAGUUCGAGCAACAGAAAUCUACAAUCCAGCAAAAGAACGCUGAUAUCUCUCAAACAAAGAUAAAUCUCGAAACCGAAAUUUCCACACACGAAAAAGAACUCCAAACUCUUACAGACGACGUCAAAGACAAGGAAACCAAGAUUACAGAGCUCAGUGCCAAACUCGAACAGCUUCUCAAGGACAUUUCCGAAAAUCAGACGAAACAAGAGCAGAACAACCAAACAUUGGCCGAUGUUACAAACAAGGUUGAGAACAACAGCAACAAUCUCACUCAAAACAAGGCAGCCCUUGAAGAUCUUCUCAAUAAAAUCCAGCAGAAGACAGAAGAACUCGCAACCAUCAAAGAGAACAACAAGAACUUACUCCAGGAGAUUACUAAUGGCAAUGGAAAGUCCGAAGAGCUCGAAUCCGACAUCAGACAAGCAGAUGACGAACAAAAGAGGCUCCAAACAAGACUUGACGCCAUUAAUAAGAGACUUGGAGAGCUCGAGAAGAAUAAACAGGACAAUGAGAACUCUUUGAAGAGACUCAGAGAGACAAUCGACAAACAAAACGAAAGUACAACGAAUACUCUUUCUACUGUUACAAAUCUUGAGACUAAAGUUGCUCAAGUCAAUGAAAACUUGCAACUUAGAAUCCAAAUGAUCAGGGAUGCAGCAGAUGAAAUGGAAGAAGUCAGAAACACUCAUGCAAACUUAAUGAAACAGAUGAACGAACUCGCUGACUCACUCCAGAAGCAGUUGGAUGACAGAACACCGUUUGACGAACAACUCCAUUGA